UGAAACAAUAAACGUUGGCAACAGAACAAUUUCAGAUAUUUAAAAGGAAAAAAAGAAGUUCAAAAUAUAAACUAGGAAGGAAGAAUCAGCCAUGUACAUUAUCGUUAUCUCUUGUUUGCUUUUAUCACCGAGCCUGUACAAUGCAUCUGAUAACACAGCACAAGAUCAAAAAAUCAUCAAGGAGCUGGAAAGUAUCCUGCAGAAGAAUGUGAAAAAUCAACUCUUCGAUGGAGCAGGUAGUAUUGAUGUGACUGUAUGGAAGCGAAAUCAAAACCAAAGCGAACUCAUUCCAAUAUAUCUAAAAUCGUUUGGAAAAUCACAAGUUGCAAACAUCAGUAAGGAAAUUGUUCACAUCAAAACUCGUUCACCAUGGAAUAACCUUAAAGAUAUUUCAAAUAGGUAUUUGCCAGCUAUCCCUGAUGUGGACGGUAACAUGUAUGGCGAUGCAGGAAAACGUAAUCAAUACCGUAUUGCAUCUAACACUAAAACAUUUAUUGGAAUCGCUGCUGAUAUGUUAGCUGAAAAGCAUGGCUUGAAUUUGGAUGAAAAGUUACAUCCGAAGUACGUGAACCUGUCAACACUUGGACUCGCUCAUAAGUGGAACAUCCCCAGUGAAAAAGAUGGAUAUCUUUCAGACUUCCCUAACUCUUCUAAAUAUAUGAAUGCAAUCACAUUUCGACACCUUCUCACACAUACAUCUGGGCUAUCCCGAGAAAGCAAAAAAGGCUCACAGUACUCGUAUGGUUCAAGCAGAACGUCAACAAGUAAAUGUCCACCAAAUGAUGAGUAUCAAGGACUGAUAGACUGUGUCCAAACGCAAGAUAAUAACUGGCCAGCAUGGACCCAACACGUCGUAUCAUACAUGAUGCCUUCCUGUGGUUACAAAGGGUACAACGAAAUGUCGAAAAAACAAAAGUCUUGUUUACCAGGUGAAUAUUUCCAUUAUUCUAAUGCUGGUUAUUCCAUCCUUGGUCUGGGACUUGACUCUUUUGUCAAAAAGAAGAUAAAUCAUUCCUUUACGAUAACAACUUGGAUAACAGAGAAAAUUUUUAAAAAAUUUGACAUGAACGAGACUGUAUUUACUUGGGUUGACUAUAAUCAAGAACAAAAAGGGAAAACAACUCAUGGUUGCCAAGGAGGAGAAGAACUUUCUGCAUGUAAUCAAACCCGUGCGUUAAUGGAUUAUGCAGACCGCGGGAUCAAAACCCCACCUGGUGGGAUAUGGUCAACCACGGUGGAUCUUGCAAAAUAUUUACUAAACUUGCACACGCUUUCAAAUAAAUCGAACAUAUUUGAAGUGGACCCAAAUAUAUCACCUAAAACAGAUUCAGAAUCUGAAGAAGAUCCGACACAAAUGCCUUCAUCAGAUUUCAAAUAUGGCCAUGGAUGGUACAUUGCAGAACAAUAUUCAUGCUUACCGGAGAAACACCAAACCCACAUUCAGGGUGCAUGGGGAACUGUUCCUGGUUUUACAUCUUAUAUGAUUACGAAUUCCAAACAAAAUGAAAACGAGAACCAAUACGUGAUUGUGAUGCUUCGUUCAUACAACUAUGGUGGACGAUUUAAUCUGGGUAAUCAAGCAAGACGGUUUCUAUGGCGACUUUUACAUCCGGAAGAAAAAUUAGCUACACUAAAAUGUCCUGUAGUUGUUAAAGAUGAUUUUUCUGAAGGUGACCUAAUCGUUCAAAAAAAUAAGAGAUCAUCAAAUUCAAAAACAAACUUUGCAAAUCGGACUUUGCUUCUUUUGUUUACUAUAAUGACAGUUCAUUACUGCAUGAAUCGAUUGUGAAAUGCUGAUUUUAAGUCCAAAUAUGGACAUGAUUUUCUUAAGUAUUUAAAUGUGUCUUUGAGUUAAACGUUUUUUAGGAAGGGCGCUACAUGUUGCUAAAUCUUUUUAUCUAUAAUUUGCUAAUAUUCAUUUUUUGUAACAUAUCAAACGAUUUUUGUUUUCCAAAAGCAGAUUUCAAAGAAUUAAACGUUGUCAUUUCCAGGUAAGCCUUCAACUUUAACUAGGCUUUUUAACGUUUUAAUUGUACCUUAUUCCUAAACGUCCUUGCAAUACAAAACAUGUGUUGUGUUUUUUGAAAUA